AACUUCCGGUCAAAUUAAAAAUGGCUGCGCCCUUAUGAAACGAAUGUGUAGGACGAAUGUGAUGAAAAGUUUCAAACAAAUUUGAAUAAAUUUUUCUUGAAGUAAAGUUUCAAAAAGCAGCAACCAUGUCACUAGUUGCCCGCCUGGCAAGUAAAUUCAGAUGUCUGGACACAUAUCAUCAACCAUGUAUCAUAGCCAGUAUUCUUCAACAGACAAGGACAAAAAGUUAUCCUUUUAGAACGAUCUCUCAAUCAAGAUCUGUGUAUUACAUUCCUAAAUCAAACACAAAUUUUGGUGCAUAUAGAUUAUUACAGCCGAUAGUUAAUCAACAAUGUCUAUCUCCGUCCCCAUAUGUCGUAACUAGGUGUGUUUCCAGCAGCUCCAGAGGAAGGUCUCAACAGGAAGAAGAGAAGAAAUCACUCACACUUUACAUGUUGUCAAUAGCCCUUUUCAUGUUGGGGAUGGGGUUUGCUUCUGUGCCGUUGUAUCGGAUCUUUUGUCAGGCAACUGGACAGGGAGGCAAAGCCACGAGAGGGCAUGAUGUAGACAAGAUAGAACACAUGCAAAAGGUGGAAGAUCGAAUCAUCAAAGUUGUGUUUACAGCAGACAAAACCGCAUCUCUGAGAUGGAAGUUUACACCUCAACAGUCACAUGUGAAGGUUGCUUUAGGAGAGACUGCCCUGGCUUUUUACACAGCUGAGAACCCCACAGACCAACCCAUUGUUGGUGUGUCGACAUACACUGUUAACCCCAUAGAAGCUGGACUCUAUUUCAACAAAAUUCAGUGUUUUUGUUUUGAAGAACAGCUGCUGAAACCUCAUGAAAAAGUGGAUCUUCCGGUGUUUUUCUACAUAGAUCCGGAGUUCCAUGAAGAUCCGUUCCUGGCUGACUGUACAAAUGUUGUUCUCUCCUACACAUUCUUCCAGGCCAAACCAGGACUCCACCUACCUCUGCCUGGCUUUCAUUCUGGCAAAUCUUGACCAUGGGUCAAAUGAGACAUUUUUCACCUCACUUGGGUAAAUUGAACAUUUCACUGUCCACUGAAGGCCAGGUUACAGACUCUUCAGUGUUCCUUCAUGGCUGUAUAUACCUGGUUUGACCACUGGUAUGACUGGUCUGGACACUUCAUAGUGGUCAGAGUACUGCUUUGCUUUUAAAUGCAGAUCUUGCAUAUUCAUUUCUGAAAACAUGAUAUCCUGCAACUAUAAAAAAUAAAAAAAUAAAAAAAAAAAAUAAAAAUAUUGGAAAAUGCAUACAGAAAUGAAUUUGUGGAUUUUGAAAGUCAUAUAGAUAUGAUAUAAAUAAAGUGACUCCUGUCCAAUUGAACACCUGAGUUCUACCCUACCUGAUAUUCAGGUUUUUCUUUUUAUCUCAAUCUUCAGAUAAGCUACCAAAUAAUAUAUUUGUAUAAUGCCACUAAUUCAAACCACAGUGUCAGAUUGGGCAGGUUUCACUGUAAAAUAGAUGAUAGAAAUGCACUCUGUGAUUAUGUAAAUAAACUGAUUUAUUGGAAAAACC